AUGUCGUAUGAAGAUUGUGAAAAAUUACUCAACAUAAUUGUACCACAAAUAUCAAAAAAGAACACCAAUUUUCGACUAGGAAUUUCAGUUAAGGAAAAGCUAUUGGUUACAUUACGCUUUUUAGCAACGGGCGAUUCUUAUUCAAGUUUAAUGUAUCUUUUCAAAAUGUCGAAACAAGUAAUUUCUUUAAUUAUUCCGGAAGUGUGCGAAGCUUUAUUAGCGGGCCUUAAAGAUUUUGUGAAGAUGCCUACAACACCAGAAGAAUGGAAAAAUGUGGCAAAUCUGUAUGAUAAAUUGUGGAAUUUUCCACAAUGUUUAGGUGCUAUAGAUGGCAAACAUGUAGUCCUACAGGCACCUAUGCAUUCCGGUAGCGAGUUCUUUAACUAUAAAGGAUCAUUUAGUAUAGUUCUAUUUGCUGUAGUAGAUGCAAAAUAUUCGUUUUUAUUCGCUGACGUUGGUUGUCAAGGGAGGAUUUCCGAUGGAGGAGUUUUUAAGAAUUCCAGUUUUGGAAAAAAAUUACAGGAAGAAACAUUAUCUUUACCUAUGAACGAAAUAUUGUCAGGCCGACAGAAAGAAGUACCAUACGUUUUUAUUGCCGAUGAUGCUUUUCCAUUAAAAAGCUAUCUAAUGAAACCAUAUCCCGGCACUCAAAUGAAGGGUUCUUUAGAACGAACAUUUAACUGUCGAUUAUCUAGAGCACGUCGGGUUGUCGAAAACGCAUUUGGCAUAAUGUCGUCGGUAUUUAGAGUUUUAAGAAAACCUAUGCUUCUAGAACCGAGAAAAGCGGAAAUAAUUGUUUUAACGUGUGUUUAUCUACACAAUUUCUUAAAAGAAAGUACCACGUCAAGAAAUACAUAUAUCACACCCGCAAGUGUUGAUUAUAUUGAAUCGAAUAAUGAUAUUGUUGAGGGAUCCUGGAGAAAAGACCAGGAAGUAGUAUUUACACCUCAGAGCUCGGCUUUAACAACUACACAGUUUUCCGGCAUGACAGAGAUGAGCAUUCCAACGACUCCACCAGAGGUGGUGGCGUCCUCAUCGCCGUACACUCCUCUAGCCCUGCAACGCUCCUCCCCGCCUCCUCACAUAUCGAACACCUCUUCAUCAAACUCAACUUUCCCCACCACCCGAUAA